CACCAGAAUUACGUUGGACUGGAUAACGACAAAUCACCAUUUUUUCUUAGUAUAGUACUGAACGAAGAUACUAAUACCUGUGUGCCUCUAUGUCGAGCAAUUUUGUUCAAAAAAACUGGAACCCAGAAAAUAUCGCUACCAAUAUCGCAAAAUAAAGUUUUGACAGUCAAGCAGAUUCUGUCGAACUUUCCAAAUAUGGAUAAGGUUGAAAAAGGACCAAAAGAAAUAUUCUCACCUGAUAUUCAAAAAGACUUAUUACUUUUAGAGGAACAAGAAGGUUCGGUGAACUUUAAGUUCGGCGUUAUUUACAUGAAACAGGGUCAGACUAGCGACGACGAAAUAUUAAGCAAUGAGUAUGGCAGCUAUAGGUUCGAACAAUUCCUAUCACUGCUGGGAGACAAAAUCAAAUUACGGGGAUGGGACAAGUACAGGGGAGGGUUGGAUAUUAAAGGUGAUAUGACAGGUAAAUUUUCCGUAUACACGAUCUACGAGGGGCACGAGAUCAUGUUCCACGUAUCGACGUUGUUGCCAUAUUCGAGAGACAACAAGCAGCAAGUGGAGAGGAAGCGGCAUAUCGGAAAUGAUAUCGUGAAUAUCGUUUUCAUAGAUGCUGAAAAUGAGUCUGCGGAAACUGCUCAUUCGCAGUUCAACCCUACUUGUAUCAAAUCCCAAUUUACACGUAUCCUUUUUGAGCAUAUGCUAAAAUAA